AAAUAAUAAAUCAUCUAGAAUGCUGGUGUUUUUGUUUGCUUCUUGUACAGAAUUCUAAAACUGCUGUUCAUUCUCCUGGCUCAGUGCAGUUUCUGUUUCAUAACUUAAUUUAUCUAUGAUUUUUACAGAAAUAUGGCUCAGUGGGUUAAGUUCCAGGCUACAAAAGUAAAAGUUUGGGGUUCAAUCCCCUGUUGGUCCUACAAUUUUAUCUGUUACUUGUUACUUCUUCCACCCCUAACAAUGACAUAAAUGCCAAUUCAAGUUGCACUAUGUUUCGGAGUGCAUGAUGAAAUGUAGGUCCGACUCCAACUGGCUAUGUUAGUCAGUUCAUAUGUGGGAGAACAUCGAGGGCACACCACUAUGCCUAGUAGAGCACUAUAGUGUUAAGGUCAACCUUCAGGUUGAGCUUUACUUGCUUUACAAGUGCAACAUGAAAAUAUUAAUGGGCAGAUGACCUUAGCAGUUACAUUACUUAAAGAGUCCAGUUCAACUGUCUCUGCACCUGUUGGUACUUUCUCCCUUCCCCUACCAACAUGCAUGAAUACGCUAAUUAAGGUGCCAAAGGGGAGUAAGCAGCUGACGAAAACUCUAAAUCUGCAGCGUCUUCCUUAGGUUGUUAAUACUGUUGGUUGUGGGUGUCUGCUUGAUAUAAUUAUGUAAUUCGUUCAUGUUUAUGAUGCUACAAAAUGAGCGAACCAAGCAAGAACUUGAUGUUUACUAGUGACUAGCAUUGACAAACAUUUAAUGUAAAGUCUCCUAAUACUUUUAUGGAAUGCUGCUGAACAUCCCGGGUCAUUCGAAAAUAUUUUAGGAUUAACUCUGAGUAAGCUUUCCUUUAGAAUAGGAACAGUUUUUUGGUCCACUAUGUGUGUUCAUAAUAUUGCAGCACUCCGGCAAUGUUUUUGAUUGAGAAGGUGCCAAGAGACAGUGGGAAUAAUUUUUCCAACUAUCUACACAAACUGCAGUAAUUGCUUAUCAUCCACGAUUUAAAAAUAAAUAGUUCACCUGCAUUGCUACCUGUGACCAAGGGAGACCUACAAUAACCCACAUACAUAUAAAAAGAGAAAGAAUUAGGCCACUAGUUUCAAAUGAUGUUACAUCAUAAAAAGUUAAUUUUAUUUUAAACGUGAUGUGUGUGGAGAAGCUAAGAUUGAAUUACAACUAAUUUUGCAAAAAGAUUACAGCAGAAUUGAUGAUUUCUCAGUUUUUGCUGAAGGUGGUGUGAUUUGAAAGUUACUGUGAGCCCUUGAUAUUCACGUGAUUGUGGAGAAGUGUGUGACAUCCGCAUGGCUGCAUCCAAAUGCUCACACGCUUAUGUUGUUAGGCAAGGAAGCAUCAGUCAUAUUCGUCAAGUUCCGCCAACAUUCUCGAAGUGUAUUUGUGUGCUCUCUCAAACAGCAGGCAUGUGCAGACCAUGUAGAUAAACCACAUGUUUGCAGGGCUCUAUUUCCUUGACUUCGGGAAAGCACUCAAUACAGGUUUACUCUGUCACCAUAUGAGCCAAAUGCAGGUGUGCAGAAUAUCAGACCAGCUUUGUAAUUGGAUUGAAGAGUUUGUUGCAAACAGAACGCAGUAUGCCAUUCUUAACUAAUAGAAAUCUUCAGAUACAAAAAUGGGAAAGACAGAGGCCAGACAGAUUCAUUGCAGAAAUCCUCAAGAAGUAUAGUCCACCUGUGAGAGAAGUUACAAAACUCAUUCAACUGACACUUGAAUAUGGUUCCUGAAUACAUUGCCCUUACCAGGUAAAAUUAAUAGAGAGAAUAAAGAAGCUUCAUUCAAAUAGAGCAUUGCUUUUCAUUUCUGGUUUGCUUAGUAAGUCCAGUGCCAGUCAUGACUAGAGAGGUGUCGUACAUUGUGAAGAAGUUUGUCACAAUUCUGAGAGUGCACAUUCCUGGAAGAGUUGCCCCGUCUUUUGCUUUCUCCCCCAAAAAGAUUAUGAGGAUAAAAUACAGGAGAUUGAAGCUCAUGCAGAGGAUUAACAAAAGUCAUUCUUUUUGCAUGCUACUCAUGCCUGGUGUUGGAACUGAGGAAGUGUCAAUGCUGACACCAGAAGCUUUGCAUGACAAUUCUCAGAAAAUGUGUGGUGUAAUUGCUUUCAUGAUCAAGCAGGAAAAGAACUUGUUCAAUAUUCCACCAAAAUUGGCUACAGAUGUUCGUGCUUUCUGGAUUGAGCAUAAUAAAUCAAGAAUAACACCGAAGGUAUGUAGAGUAAGCACUGAUGGUUUAACAGCAAGUACAGUGUUCUCAUUUGUCGAUCGUGAACGCUCGGCAGAAGUUCAUAAACAGGUGGGAGAUCCUACUGAGGUAGCACUGGCCCAACUCUAUGCCCACAUUCAGACACUGCCAGAGUCUCAACACAAACGACGUCUUGUGAAACAGUUUAAUCGAGAAAAUGGUCAUGGUACACCGUUACGUUUCAAACCACACGGCCGAAGCCGUAGUUUGGGUGAUUCUAUUAAGAGACAUAUUUUCAAAGGUGGAACAAAGAUGGACAAGUGUGAGGAUUCUUUGGGGCGGCGGUGCAGUGUGGUUAGGUCUUUGAGUCAAGAAGAUAUAAGUACACCAACAAGAACAGGCGAUCGUAUUAAAUUAUUCCAGGAACAUGGGAGUGGUGGAUUCACUCCCCUCUGUGAAUUCCCUACUUUGAAAAAAUCAUUGUGUGACUCUAAUUCGACCGUAGUACGCCUAAGAUACUCAAGGAAAACUGCCAAACCACUGUUGUUGAGACGGCGGCUGAUUUGUGUUGAUUCUGAGAAUAGCAUGUGUGAAGAAAACAGUGUUAUGCUGAAGUCACUUAGGCAUAAUAACUGUGACUCUAGUAGUGGAUCCCAUUCCAGCAAAUGGGAUGGCUUACAUAAAAAUUCAGUGAGCAAUAAGUCUCAAAUGAAUAUUGCUUUUAGCUCAGUGCAGUGCCAACAACCUACUGUUGAUACUCAUAAUGAAUUAUUAGUAAAUGAUUACUGUGACAGACAUCUUAUAGAUGGUAACAUUCCCCUUACAGUUAGAAAUAUGAAAUUAAUUGGUGUACCUGAAAGCCUGAGUAAUGGGAGAUUGUUUCAUGCAAAGUCUGUGACUUUUGAAGCGGAAGGUGAUCACAGUAAUUCCCCUGCCUUCCAUGUCAACCUCCAUUCAGCCUAUCCAGUGGCAGCACCUUUACAUAACUCAAGUGAUAGAAAUUGCAGUGUAUGGUUAAGUGAAUUGGACACAGAACGUACACAAGCUUUACAAAGAGACCAGUCUCCUUCUGUUCUUCCAUCUACCCCAAUCUGGGCUGCAAGUACACCUGCCCUGCAGGUCAUCAGCUUAAACCAAAGCAGCUCCAUAUCACCCAUCACCCGGUCUACUCAGAAAAUGCCUAAAGCUAUGCAGGAAACAAUGAUGACUCCAAGAAGCAGAAAACCAGUUGUUGUUCUAUCUGGAUCUAAUCUCUGCCAUCUUACAAGUAUUAAUAAUAUGGACACUCCAGAUGAUGCUAAUAGGAUGCCUUCACCCAUUGAUGGGAGCUGUGCCAUUAAAGCAUUUGUGAAUGGUGACUGUGUGGGCACAGAAAUACACACACCUAUAAAACCUUCUGGUGCUUUUUGCACAAUAAGUGAUUAUGAUAAAGAAAAUAGCUGUUCAAGAAAAAUAGUCCUGGAAAAUGAAAACGGUAUUUUCAACAUGUACACCGAUGGCCAUGAAGCUGAUAGUUGUAAUGGCGGUUCCCUGAGCAGCCCGUUUAAAUCAUAUCUGUCAAGUCGUAGUGUCCUUACUGCUUCUCCAGUUGACUUGAGUUUUAUAAGCCGUGGGAGUGAUUUGGACUCUUCUGUAGAAGAACAUAGGAUUCUGCAAAGUGUUGAGAACAAUCUGAGUGAAUCAUUAUUGUUUUGCCUAAAUGGAGGUCAACCAUCUUCUCUUGAGGAUGAUAGUGUGGAAAAUAGCAGGUUUGCAGCAGACAAACUGUGUGCUGUUCAAGUAGCUACCUCUGUACCUGUUAAAGAUGUGGGGACUGAGUCUUCUACAUUUUGCAAGAACUUUCUGCAAGAAACAUCAUUAUGAUGUUGAUCAGGUAUUUUUACGUAAUCAUCAUAAAUACGUACUGAGGCCAGUAUUGACAUAAUGUUGAUAGUUCAACAUUAACUGUAUUUGUCCUAAAUGUGAUAUGGAAUACCAAAAACCUGUAACAAUAGUAUUUACAACCAAGUACAAGAACUAACUUGUAAUGUUUCUAUGACAUUGUAGAAAAAUUUCACUGGAAUCAGGCCAAAGUAAGACUGUUACUUCAAAAGUUAUCAAACACAAGCUUCAAACUGUCUUGCAGCUUUCGUAGUGACAUUAAAUAUUUAAGGAUUCUUAGAUGUUUCAUAUACCUUCUAAAUGUCACAUUAUUUCAAAUGUUUGGAAAAAACUUCCUUUUCUUAGUUUCUUUAAAGAACUUUGUGCUUAUCAAAAAUUAAGAUUGUAAAUUUUAAAACAGAUGUAAACAUAUUGUAAUAUAGAUUCUCACAUUAAUUUAUAUUUCAUUCAAACUGAAAUGUUCAUCUAGUUAUAAUGAGUUAAUGCUCCUUUCUGUUUUGUUUACUGGAUUCUACUUUCAUGAUGUAUAGUACAAGAAACUGUAAGUGCCAUGUACAAAAAGAAAUUUAUUAACUUUCACC